UCUGUUCCUUUCUUUUCUUUUUGACACAACGGCUGGGAAUUGCUUCACUUUUGCGAGUUUUUAAUUACGCCCUAACUGCACACACACGCGCGCGAUUUCGAAACGACAGAUAUACGCGAGAGAGGGAAGUUAGAUUUACUGGUGAGGUAUAGGAGCUUUGUUUCCUUUUGUUUGGAUGGAGAGAGAGGGUGUUGGAGCUCGCGCUUGCUGCCUAGCUUUGGGGAGCUCUACGCAACUUUGACUGAUUGCGAGGAAAGGAAGAAGCAAGGCUGUCUUUUUUGGGGGGGGAGAGGGGAAGGGGGAUGCUUACAGCUGCAAUAUUGGAAAGACUUGAUGGCACGCGCGGGGCUGGGGCUCUGUGGCUGGGCGCAAAAACAUUACACUCGAGAUUGAUGGGAUGAUGUCGCUGACUUUGGGCAAAACAUUUUAUUUUAUUUUAGGUGCGAACAACAACUCGAGCCGCAGCAACCAGUCUUCCACCACCACCACCACACCCGGUAUUAGGGUCGUUUCGGGCAGAGGCGCCAUCAACAACAAGAAGGGAGGCGGCAGCAAGAAGAAGAAUAACAACAAGGACAAGGACGACAACAAGGAAGACCACGACAACAACAACAACAACAACAACAACAACAACAACAACAACAACAACAACAACAACAACAACGAGAAAACCAACGUCAAGAUGAUUGUCGAACGCAAGGUCAAGAUUGUGACGGAGCAGCACAACAUCGACAAGCCCCCCGUCAACGAGGGGUUUCCGAUGAAGGAGUGGACGAUUGAGGUUUAUGUUUUGGACCAGGAGGGGAGGGAGAGGCCGGCACGGUGCUUUACCAAGGUUGUUUACAACUUGCAUCCGAGUUUUGACAACCCUGUUCAGACAUUCACCGAGCCACCCUUCCGCUGCACCAACGAGGGCUGGGGCGAGUUUGAAAUGUCGAUUGAGCUCUACACGACGGAGAAGGGGGGCAAGCAGACGAUCCUACACGACCUGAACUUUGCGGCGCCGCAGUAUGAGAAUGUGCAUUCCGUCACGUUCAAGAAUCCGAGCCAGGCGCUGCAGGCGCUGCUGAGGGAGACGGGCCCGCUGCCGUCGGAUGAGGAGAGGAAGCAGCUCAAGAAGGGCGGGGAGGGGAGCAAGAAGAAGAAGACGUUUGAUGUGGAGAAGAUGGCGGAUGGGCUGGUGAAGCUGAGCGAGGAUGAUUUGCUGCAGGUGAUUCAGCUGAUUCAUGACGGGAAGGACGAGGGGACGUUUAUCCAGAACAAUGUUGACCAGGGGGAGUUUUCGGUGGAUUUGUACACGUUGCCGGAUCCGUUGAUGAAGGUGCUUUGGGAUUACUUGACCCGCGCCAAUGUCCUCGGGAGGGACUAAGUCGGCUCCUGCUGGGUUUCCUCUUGGUCUUUUUUCACUCAACAAACUGCGGUGCAUUUGCAAUGGCGUUCUGGGCGUCUUGGAAGACGGAAAAGGGAGAGAGGAUGAAGCUUGUGGGCUUUGAUUGACAUCGCAGGGGUAGGAGAUGAGACUUCUUCUUCUUUUCUUUUUCGCUGGCUGGCGUCAUCGGGCUUCUAUGUCUUUUUACAGGCAGGCUGGGGAUGAUCUCUUUUUCGUCUUUUUACGCGGAGAGGCUUUCAAUAUCUGGGCGAGCUCUAAAGAUUCUGCUUCUCGAUUUUAGCGAAAUGUGCGUGCCCUUUUUUAUGGAAUCGGGCCAGGAUUUUGCUUUUUAAAUUGAGUUCUUUUGCUAUCUGCCUUUGUUUCUGGAAAUGGGGUCGAGGCAUCGCGGUAGUGGCAAGUGUGGUUGUUGGUCUUGUAACUGUACAUGUAUCUCUCCUCUGAAUAGAGAAACUAGUGAUGCAUUCUGCCAUGACAUAAUUUGGCAUUCCUCUAGCAAUCUCGUGAUCACGUUCAGAGGCAAUGAAUGGC